AACAUUCACUAACCUCAACCUUCACCACAACCACACCAAGUCCAACUAAGGUCAAGGCUAUGGCUUCCAAAAGAAGUGGAAAAGAAGUUGCAACAUCUUCAAGAAGACCUCCCCCAAAGAGGCAAGUACCGGCAAAUAACCAUGGCAUAAUAUUCAAGGACAACAAGCAAAAAGAUAGGUAUAAAAAUCUCAUCUCUAAACCUUUACAUCCUUGCAGGUACCCUGAUAAUUAUGACUUGGUUACAUUAGGCCUUAGUGACAAUGUGUUUAAAUUUCUAAGACGAUUAGGGUGGGUUGCUAUGUUACGACCUAUGUGGGGUUAUGAAAGUUUCACCUAUAAGUUUUUAAGUUCAAAUGUUUUUACAAAGGAUAGGAUGAAUUUUGAUAACCCUAAUCAUAGAAUCUCUUUCCGGCUUAUGAACAUUGAUUACGAGAUGUCGCUUCAACACUUUUGUGAUGAGAUGGACUUCGCUAACGCGGGGUUCAUCCACGACUCUUGGGAUCAAAGUCUUAAGCCGGUUGACUAUCAACCCACCACCUUUUGGGAACAUAUCACCGACCUUAGGCAAUUUAACACACGGUACCUUCAAAAGGUAAUGACUGGCACUAUUUGGGGUAGGACCGAAUUGGGGAACACUAGGACGGAGGAACUCUUCAUGUCGUGGGUCAUGCUUAACAAACCAACCCAUUAACACAUGCUUUUACUUGCUUGAUUACCUUUCUCAUGUCGGUAAUAGGUCUGAUAGUAGGGGAGAGAUAGUUGUGGGAAGUAUCAUCACAUA